UGGUGUUACUGACUGUUGUGGAAAUUUGAAAACAGGCAGACAGUUUAGAAAGAAGUUUUGUUGAGUGUGGACAGAAAAACGUGAAAAACUGCAAUGUGUUAAUAUAGAUAGAUAGUUUUGGUCUGAUGUAUUUUUGGGUUAUAGGAGGAUAACAAGAAAAUAUUGUUUUAUGUGACUUAGAACAGAGAGCUUAUGAUGAGUUGAACAUUUAUUUUUUUGCCCAUUGAAAAGAGAGAACAACAAAAAAAACAACGAAAAUUUAAAUUAAUUUUUUAAGAGAAGAAAAUCAAAACAAGAGACAAAUUGUGAGUUUAAAAGAAAAAUUGGAAAAAUCAACGGAAAAGCAGAUUUUUUCGCAACAUUAAUCAAUUGAAUCGGAAAGUGUAAUUUCGGGACAAUAAUACGCCACACAGCCUCAACACAGAACACUAUUAUAAAACGAAAGAUCAAACAAAAUAAGAAAGAAAUUUUUUCAAUUUAUUUUGAUUUUAAUUUCGUUUUGAGUUUUUUUUUUAAUUUUAUUAUUUUUGGAUUAUUUAUAUUUCGGCUUAGCUGUGUGUGCGGUCAGUGCAAAAUUCAAAAUUAUUUUUUUUCGCCCCUCAAAAUUCUUCGUUUCAAUUCUUACGUUGGUUUUCUAACAAACAACCAAAACAACCGGAAAUACCGACAGUGAUAUUUUUAUUCGAACAAGAACAGACUUUUAAGUGGUGCAUAUACAUACUAUCAAAGACAUUUGUCCAUUAAAUUGAGUUGUAAAAUUUUUUUUUGGAUGAAAAAAACUUGAACUGUUCAAAUCAAAUCAAUGAAUCGUGUGUUAUGAAUCAUAUUGGAUUUUUUGCUCAACCAUUGGCAACGUGAAAACUUCUGCGGCUUUUAAUUACUAUUUUGAUGAUAUUUACAACUUAUUAACGACACACAACAACGAAAAAACAAACGACACAAAAUGGGUGGACCUGAAGGACAAACAUAUUGCCUACGAUGGAACAACCACAAAUCGAAUUUGGUCGAAAUAUUGGACGUGCUAAUUCAAAAAGAAUGUUACGUCGACUGUACCAUCUAUGUGGACGGUGGCGAACAGUUCAAAGCCCAUCGAGUGGUACUCGCAGCUAAUUCACCAUAUUUUCAAUCGAUCCUGCAGGACGUUCCAAUGGAUCACUGCAGCAUUUUAGUUCCUGGCGUGCAGCCAUUUGAAAUGCGUGCGCUCAUCGAAUACAUGUACACCGGCGAGGUGAAUGUCACUCAAUCGCAAAUACCUCGGAUAAUGACAAUCGCUAAACAGUUAGAGGUCAAAGGACUGUACGACAUGACCGAUCUGAAAGAUAAAUUCGAUAAAAUGGACGACACAGAACACUAUCCACACAACAAUCAUAAACAUAACGAUUUACAGUCAUCACCGAUCAUAUCAACGUCAACAAAUAUAGCGACCGCUCAAAGCAGUAGCUCAUCACCGCCAUAUAACUAUAAGCCAUAUUCGAAUCUAUUUUCCCCGAGUUCAGUUCCAAUGAUCAAAAACGAUCGUUCACAUCCGUGGUCAAUGUCGUCACAUCUGACGUCCGGCCUCCAUCCACCACCGCAUUUACAAAACGCAGCUGUCGCAAUGCUAAGUUCCGUUUACGAAUCCGGUUCGGAUAUGAAUCCGUUGAAAAGGAAAAAACUUCAGUCGAUCUCCAGCAUGCUCAUGUCCAACGAUACGCCGAUAUUGCGAAACGUUUUAGCUCAACCGAACGUAGCCGAUUCAUCACAGUCUGUGCCAUUGGUCGGUCCACCAAGUAACAAUGAAAGAAGUGGCAGGCAGAGCACACAUUCAAAUGGAACGGAUCAUUCAGAUAAGCAGAAACACAAAUACGAUGACCAUCCCCACUCGCCGUACACAGACAAAUCUUUCGAAGAAGACAACAUGGAAACUCAGAAUGAAUCACGAAUUGCGCCCUACAUCCCACAACAAAAGCCCGAAUGGAAACGCUACAAACAGUACACAAGGGGUGAUAUUCUUGCUGCCAUAGAAUGCGUCAAAAAUGGAAUGAGUGCGCUACAAGCGUCUCGCAAAUACGGUGUGCCAUCGCGAACACUCUACGACAAAGUCAAAAAAUUGGGCAUCACAACUGGCCGGCCAAUGAAUCGUACAAUGAAGCGAAGUAACAGCAACGGCAGUAGCCCAUCGGCACCAUUUCCAUACGGCCUGAGCGGUUGUGGCACGAGUAGUCCAUAUUCGGUAAAUGACAACCACCAGAACUAUUCGCAUGGUCACAAUCAGUCUCAAUCGAAUCUGCAUAAUGAUUCCGGCGACAGAGACAUUGAAUCGUGUGAACGUGACCAUCACAUUCCACCAUCCCAUCCAGCCGCAGCUCUGUUAGACGCUACAUUUUUACAACAGGCCAUGGAACGUGGCGGUGAUAUUGCCGGUCGUGAAGCUUUACAUGCGAUGGCUCUCGCAGCGGCUGCACACGCAGCUGUUAACGGCAUAUCGACGAGUCCGGGUACACACGGUACAGCACGAUCGCCGAGUCCAAGCAUGUUAAUGAAAUACAUGCGCGUGUCCAGUCCCAAUAAUCCAAACAAUCCGAUCAAUGUGGAACAGAGGGAACAGCGGGAGCAACGAGAGCAGCACGAGGACCGUGAACUACGCGACAACAAUCAACAUCGUUCGACACCCGACGACGAUGAGGUUGAAGACUUGUCGAUAGCGAAAAAGGAGAAAGAAAAUAGUGUACCGCAACAGUAUGGUGUUAUUGUGCCGCCGAUGACAAAGGUGACACCGCACCAUAAUGUCGAUUUGAUUAAGCGGGAAACAAUAGCUGAUGACGAUCCUCACAAUUAGGUAAAAUGAAUUGUUUUUUUGUUCUUUUGAAUCAUUUUGUUUCCUUGAAUUCUUUAUGAAGAAGAAAAAUUUUAAAAUGCGUUGAUGAUGUGACCAUAUCAUCGGUAAAAAUAUACCUCGUACUACACACAAGUUAUGAUUGAUAACAAAGUUUUUUUUUAAAUAUAUUUUUUAAAGUGAUGGAUCACGUUGAAUUGAGUAGCUCAAAAACGGAAAAGAAUUUUAAAUUUCUU